AAUAUUCGAAAUUCAAAGAACUGGCUAAUGAUUGCCCCUUGGACCUUGUCGCAGAAGGCAGUCAUCCUUACCGUGACCAGGACGACUCUUCAAUCCAUGUUUUUUAGGGGUGCUGAAGAUUUGCCAGUUCAUUCAUUUCUUCAAGGAAGCAAACCGCCAAACUGCACUGGAAUCAAGGAUGAGUACUGUAGACUACCGUAUUACACCGCCAUCCAUGAUCUGUUUCCUCCUGAGCAUUCUCUGUGGGUUCCUGUACCAUCACCAGCUACCGUACCGUAUCCAAUCAAAUUGUCACUCAUUGAUCGCGUUCGCGUGGGAGGGAAUAGGUUGAAUCUUACGUUCGAGCUUCGCGGUGGCUUUGACAAGAUGUCGCUUCACGUGACACCGCUUAAUGGCUACGAGCUGGUGUCGUGGUCCUUUACUAACAUUGAUCUCAAAGAAUUCGGCCGGCGCACUACAUAUUUUGUUUUCCUCACCUAUGGUUUCGAAAUGCCGGAAUACCGCCGUUUUUGGAUUCUCCUCGAAAAUGUAGGGGCUCCUUCUUGCGUACCAAGCACCAUGCCCUUGGUGCACGGUACGCAAGUAGGAGCUCCUUGUCCAAUUUUUUGGUGGACUUCGUUUUCCUAUUCCAUCAUUGAUCGUUUGCUCUCUAUCAACACCAGCGGAAUCGCUCCCUUACAGGGAAGAUCACUCGGGAAAGCGGGAAAGCUUGAAGAGAUUGGGGGGUAUCUUUCAGACAGAUGGCUUCCAAAGAGAAGCAUGGAAUUCAUACCAUAA